AUGACUAUUCAACUAAAUGCAAAUCUGAAUGCGCAAGCCCAGCGGUCCAUCGAUGGGAAAGAACCUGAAUUUAAUAUCUGGGAACUCGAAGAGCUCGAAGAAACAGUGGCAUCUAUUUCGUCAGCGCUAGCGAACGAAAAGCUUGCAAAACCAUCGCGUUUGAGUGGUCUAAAGAGAGCAUUUUCAAUUAAAUCCCCGGAAGAAAAGGCAGUUAUCAAACGACAGCGGGAAAUCAAUGAGGCUAAAGGCCUUCGGGCUGAGAUCCUCAAAGAAGAAGAUGGCAGAUGGCCAGACAAAGAAUGGCGAUCAAUAGUGAUUGCCUACCAAGAACAUAUCGGCAUGGCCCGGAGAAUAGCGGAGUUCCGUGCCAAAAAGCCCAUUCAGUAUCUUCACCUUCUUCGCGCCGGAUACUUCGAGCCCAUACCAGUGGCCUGGGCGAACAUGGCAUCCAAUCCGCUCAAAUUCAGCAUUGACGCAGCGGCUGGAUGGCGAGGAAUCACCCCCGCGUGGAGAGGAUACGAAGACACCGCCGAGGAGCGCCUGUACUGGGUGUUGAAUCACAGGAAGGAAGUACAGGGCCGCGUCUGA